AUGGCUGACGAGACGAUUGCGGAUGCGACCCUGGCCCAUCGGCAGGCCAUGGCCGAGCUGAUCACGCUGGACGCAAACCUGACGCCGGCCGAUCGGCUCGUGCUGGAGGGCAUGAUCCGAGAUGUGCGGGCAGGUCGAGACUACGAGGACGACAACACGGCCAGCUGCCAGAUCAAUGGCAACGGCACGAUCAAACAGACGGGCACGGACGCGGCCGCCGACGCCGACGUGCUCUCGACGCUGGACGGGCUCAACGACGAGACCGACAGCCGGUUCGAGCCAACCGUGUUCACAUCAGCCGACUGGCGUGAUGUGCUGCAGGCAGCGGCGACGGCGCGCAAGGACGCUGCUGGCACUGCGGAGAUGCAUGUGCGGGCACGGCUGCGAGCUUGGGCCCAGGUGGCUCUGCUCGAGCGGUUCGUCCGGCUGGCACAGGAUCACAUCGUCCGCCACCGGACAGACGUCGUUUUUGCUACGCACCUGCUCUGCUACCUCGGGCUCGUGGUGCCCAGUGCGGCCACGCUGCUCUUCUGGCACUUCUCGUGGUUGCACGGGCUGCUGCACACGGCACUCGUGCUCGCCACCUGCAUCGGCUCCUACACCAUCAUGAUGCACCAGCACAUCCACCAGGGCGGCGUCCUGCGUCGGGAUCGCGUCUGGACUCGGGCUGUCGACCGGCUCUUUCCCUACCUGCUCGAUCCGCUCAUGGGCCACACCUGGAACUCGUACUUUUACCACCACGUCAAGCACCACCAUGUCGAGGGCAACGGCCCCGACGAUCUCUCGUCGACCCUCCGCUUUCGCCGCGACAGCCUCCUCGACUUUUCCUGCUAUCUUGGCCGCUUCCUCGUUCUCGCCUGGUUCGACCUCCCGCUCUACUUCUAUCGCACCCACCGCUACCACAAUGCCGUGCGCGCCGGCUUCUGGGAGCUCUCCAGCUACGUUCUUCUCGUCGGCUCCUACCUUCUCGGCUCUCGCGCCGUUCUCGUCACUGCACCUGGUGCUGCUUUUUGCGUCUUCCUCCUGCCCUUUGCCAUCAUGCGCAUGGGCCUCAUGCUCGGCAAUUGGGGCCAGCAUGCCUUUGUCGACCCCGAUUCCCCCGACUCCGACUUCCGCUCCAGCAUCACCCUUGUUGACGUCGCCAGCAACCGGGUCUGCUUUAACGACGGCUACCACACCUCUCAUCACCUCAACCCCCGUCGCCACUGGCGCGAUCAUCCUCGUGCCUUUGUUCGUCAGAAGCGUGUCUAUGCGGCCGAGCGCGCCCUCGUCUUCUUCGGCAUCGACUACCUCGAGAUCACCUUGCGCCUCAUCCUCUGGCAGGACUACAAGCACCUCGCCCUUUGCCUCGCCCCUCUCGGCCCCGAGCAGUGCCGUCUCUCGCUCGACGAGCGGGCUGACAUGCUUCGUCGCCACACCACCGCCUUCUCCGAGGCCGACAUUGCUCGCUUCUUCCCCAAGACGCGCUCUGCCGCUGCCUGGCGACGGAAACAGGGCCUUCCCGCAGAGUAG